CACCGCGAAGAAAAUAUGACCGUUGGAGCCACCAUUCCCUCCACGCGCUUUCUUAUAUAAACCCCAAUCCCUGAAUUCCAAGUCCCACUAGGAAAUCCAAACUCUACUUCCCCCCAAAUCCUCCUUACACAGUAGCGAAUAGCGACCGACCUUCAAUCCAGCCAAACCCUAGAAUUCUUGAUUUCAAUCGCGAUUCUUUCGUCUUCGUCUUCUGCGUCGAUCACUGACGCCGCCGACUUCACUCCUCCGCCGCCAACCAGUUCAGUCUCUCUGUUUCUUCUCUGAUUGCUCUGAUUCUCUUCUUACCCAUUCCAUCGGUGCCUCUUUUGAUCAUUUUUUUCUGAACCCAGAAAACAAUGGGUUCGAUGAAGAGGAAGAGACCGGACGAACCAGAGAAGAGCUUUUUCCGUUCGAAAUUCGAGUGGGUUCGAGGGCCGAUGCUCGGGAGUGGGGGAUUCGGGUCGGUUUAUCUGGCGACCGUGAAAAAGUCCAAGUUGGGUUGCGAGGGUUUCCCGACGGUGAUGGCGGUGAAAACCUUCUCCAAGUCGAGUGAGCUCGCGACGGAAAGUUCGUAUCUGACCCUGUUUCGGGACUGCCCUUUUAUUAUCGGAAGCUAUGGAACAAAUCUGACCAUUGGGGACGAUGGUUACUUGAAGUGUAAUGUGUUUUUGGAGUAUGCCGAUGGAGGAACAAUUGGGGAUUUGAUCGAGAAAUCGGGCGGCUCAGGGUUGUGUGAAUCGGAUGUGAGCAAGUAUACCAAAGCGAUUCUGAAAGGGCUUGAGUACAUUCAUGAAAGGGGUUAUGUGCAUUGUGAUUUGAAGCCGGAUAACAUAUUGCUUGUGAGAUCUGAUUCUGGUUUUGUGCCGAAAAUUGGGGACUUCGGGUUGGCAAAGAUGGCGAUGCAGAAGCUGUCACGCCAAGGCACAUCAAUGUAUUUUUCUCCCGAAACUGUGACUCACAAAAUUCAGGAGCAGCCUUCCGAUAUUUGGGCAGUAGGUUGCAUUGUACUCGGGAUGUUAACGGGGAGACAGCCAUGGGAAGCGAAGGGAGGCGCUGACCUAAGGCCUCUUAUUGCUUCAAAACUUCCCAAUGUUCCCGGCUGGUUAUCAGAAGAUGCUAAAGACUUUUUGCGAAAAUGCCUACUGAGGGACCCUUUCAAGAGAUCCACAGUUGCUGAGCUAUUGACGCACUCGUUCGUGACAAAACCGGACAGGGUUGGAGAGGUUGAACCAGUAAAGGAGGUUGCUUCAGUGUCAUCUCCGGAGCAAGGCGAUUAUGGAAGCUUUAUACCCCUCGGAAGCUGGAGUUCUGAAGAGGCAGUAGAUUUUGGGCCAAUUCCUCCUGUGGCAGUCUUGAACCCUAGACCGGUUAUUCCAAGCACGGCUUGCCAAGGGGCAUCAAAUUUUGCUGUAAUGGGUGCAGCUUAGCUUUAAUUGUUUCCAUACCUGUUGACGAAGUCAGGGAUGUGUACAGUGCAGCCAUCUUCCGAAGGAGGUUGAGCUUGAGGAGGAAGUCCACUCAAAAUCCGAGCUCAAGUUCGGUUCCCUGACCUCACACAACCUAUCUGAUUAGGUCCCCAAACAUUUACUACAUUUAAGGCGCCGAUUCUUCAUCUGGCACUCAUGAGCCCAAGACCUGUUCUGCUGUUCAUGGAUUGGUGUAAUACUUCAUUAUUCCACAUCUGUAAUUGUAAAUUUUGACAUGUAAUAUCUUCUUGGCGGCUGUAUCGAUUUCACUUUAUAUAUAUGGAAUAAAAGUUCCACUUUGAUCCAUC